GGUGACAGUAACGGAUGUCAGAUUAAAAAUGAGAGAUAAAUAUUGUAUCAAAUAUCAAUGUGUUUGCCAGAUCAUGUGUUUAAACAUUUUACAUGAAUAAUAAUAAUAAUAAGGAUACUUACUUGCUUGGUUAUCCAAAAAUAAUUAUAGAAAAAUUGAGUUUAUUUUUAAUUAAAAAAAAAAUAUGUUUCGAGAAGGACAAUACUUGGAAGUUAUCAAGGCAUCAGAUGAUUGUUUGGCAACAGCAAUUGUGACAGUCAAAGAAAGAAUAAUAGAAAUCGAAAAAAAAAAAGUAUCAACAAACAAGUGGUUAACAUUACAAGAUUGGUCAUCAUUGUAUGCUAUUAUAACAAAAGCUUUAUUAAAAAGUAUUAAAAUUUGUCGUGAUGAUGAUAAUAAAAUUAAAAGUUUAGAACGUAAAAAAUCAACAAAAACAUUAGAUGUUAUAUAUAAAUUUGAAGCUGGUGAUGAAUCAUCAUUGCCAACAAUAAAAGUACGUGUUUGUCAAGCAAAAAAAAGUUUAAAUAAACAAAAUGUUAAAAAAGAAAAAAAAAAUAAUAAAAGUUCAGAAUUACAAGUUGAAAAAUUAAUAGAAGAAUCAUCAAAUCAUGAUAAAUAUAUACCACCAGAAUUGACAAAUGAAAAAAAUAAUAAUUUAAAAUAUAUACCAAGUAGAAAAAGUUUAUUAAAUACAAAAUUUCCAAAUGAUGAAUAUACACCAUCAUUAGAAAAAAAAUUACCUGUCAAUGAUGUAUCAUAUGUGCCAAAAAUAGUUAAAAAUUUAAAUAAAAAAAUUAAUAAUAAAUCAACAAAUGAUGAAUAUAAUCCAACGACAACAACAACAGCAGCUGCACAACUUCAAGAAGAAAAAGACAGUGUUUCAUACACACCACAUGCAAUAUCAACACUAAAAGCAAAAAAUAAAAAAUCAAGUAUUUAUAAAACAACAACAACUGAUGAGUACAUACCAAAUGUAAUAUUAUCAAAUGAUGAGUAUGUUCCAUCAGGAGGUCAAUCACCCAAUGAUGGACCAUCUUAUGUGCCAAAUUCAAUAUCAGAUUUAUCAAAUUCAAGGGACGAAUACAUACCAACAAUUGAUGUCAAUCGGUUAAACAAAAAGACAAAUUAUUCACAAGAUAAAAAUAAAAAGAUUAAAAAAAAUCAGGUGUCUGAAUCAUUGACUGGUUUAUCAAAUGAUGAAUAUACUCCAGAGGCAGUUUGUGAAUUGUCAAAUGAUGGAGCUGAAUAUGUACCUGAUUUAUCAUCAAAUUUAAUGGAAAAAAAAAUUAAUGAAAGUAAAAUAGAUGAAGUAAAUGAUGAGUAUAUUCCAAAAUCAUUAAAUGGAACAACAACAACAGCAAUUGACAGUGUUGAAUAUGUACCUGAUUUUUUAUUAAAUAAAAAAACAAAAAAUUCCAUUAAUCAAAGUGUCAUUGAUAAAGCUGAACAGCCAGAUGAAUAUAUUCCUACAUCAGAAAUUAAAUGGUCAAAAAAUAAAUACUCAUCAAGUUUAACAUCGAAAAAAAGAAAAAAAAAUAAUUUUGAAUCUGUUAUUGAUACAACAAAUGAUGAAUACAUUCCAACAUCAAAACCAUGUAAAUUAACAACAGAUUUAACAACACUUAAAUAUAUACCAAGUUUAAAAAAUUCAAAUUCAUCAAUUAUUGUUGAAGAAUAUGAGCCAAAUUUUGCAACAAAUAAAAUUGAUUUUAAUUUAUCAUAUGUACCAUCAUCAACAAAAAUUCAAAAUGAUGAAUAUAUUCCAUUAAAAAAAAAAAUAAGAAAAGCACAUGAACCAAAAGAUCCAACAAAACGAAAAAAUAUAUAG